CCGGGGGCCGAGGCGGCGCUUGUUGUUUGUCUCGGAUCGGGUCCCAGCCGGGCCAUGGCGGCCAUCGCGAGGGGCGGCCCCGGCGCCCGCGGGGCCCGAGCCGCGACCACCAACAUCGUGUCGCAGCUGCGGCGCGGGCAGCUCAGCGGCCGCGGGCUCACCCGCGGGGCGCAGAUCACAGAGGCCUUGUUAAAGGAGAGAGACAAGCAAGCAAAGUGGAAUGGGAUUCCCUUGCUGUUGCAGAAGCUGUAUGAGCACAGCCACCCAAACAGCGACUUCUCCCAGUGCCAAAGCAUCCUAAAGGAAAUUUCUCCCCUUCUUUCGAUGGAAGCCAUGGCAUAUGUUACAGAAGAUAGAAAAGCUGCUCAAGAGUCCACUUUCCCAAAUACGUACACGUUUGACUUAUUUGGAGGAGUCGAUCUUUUAGUAGAAAUUCUCAUGAGACCAACUCUUAUUACACAGAAAAAGAAGCAGAAAAUAAGUGAUGACCUCAUCAAGGACUGUCUCAGCAUACUGUACAACACGUGUCUGUGUACGGAAGGAGUCACGAGGCGACUGGCAGAAAGAAACGACUUUGUGUUGUUCCUGUUUACACUGAUGACAAACAAAAAGACAUUCCUACAAACUGCAACGCUCAUUGAAGAUAUCCUGGGAGUUAAAAAGGAAAUGAUCCAGCUGGAUGAUAUUCCCAACCUGGCCAGCCUUGUGUCCAGCUUUGACCAGCAGCAGCUGGCAAACUUCUGCAGGAUCCUGGCUGUCACCAUUUCUGAGCUCGACACGGGCAGUGAUGACAAGCACACACUUCUUGCCAAAAAUGCCCAGCAGAAAAAAAACCUGGGUCCUUCUCGAGCUGAGAUUAAUCAAGCUACACUUCUGAAUAUUCCAGGCUUCAUAGAGCGAUUGUGCAAACUGGCAACACGGAAAGUGUCUGAAACCACAGGUACUUCCAGCUUCCUGCAGGAGCUGGAGGAGUGGUACACCUGGCUGGACAAUGCACUGGUUCUGGAUGCACUGAUGAGAGUGGCAAAUGAAGAGGCAGAGCAGAGCAGUACAGAGUCUUCAGAUGAAAGUGGGUUGGCCAACAGCUCAACACGGACACAGCUCCCACAGUCCAUGAAGAUCAUGCACGAGAUCAUGUACAAGCUGGAGGUGUUGUACGUUCUCUGUGUGCUGCUCAUGGGGAGGCAGAGGAAUCAGGUUCAUAAAAUGAUUGCAGAGUUCAGGCUCAUUCCUGGCCUCAAUAACUUGUUUGACAAACUGAUCUGGAGAAAGCAUUCAGCAUCAGCCCUGGUUCUGCAUGGACACAACCAAAACUGUGAUUGCAGCCCGGACAUUACUUUAAAGAUACAGUUCUUGAGGCUUCUUCAGAGCUUCAGUGAUCACCACGAGAACAAGUAUCUCCUCCUAAACAGCCAGGAACUGAAUGAGCUGAGUGCAAUCUCCCACAAAGCCAACAUCCCUGAAGUUGAUGCAGUUGUCAACACUGACAGGAGUCUUGUCUGUGAUGGGAAGAGAGGUUUGUUGACCAGACUGCUUCAGGUCAUGAAGAAGGAACCAGCUGAGUCCUCCUUCAGGUUUUGGCAGGCAAGGGCAGUUGAAAGUUUCCUUCGAGGCACCACCUCCUAUGCAGACCAGAUGUUCCUGCUCAAGAGAGGACUCCUGGAGCAUAUUCUGUACUGCAUCGUUGACAGCGAGUGCAAAUCACGGGAUGUGCUCCAGAGUUACUUUGACCUUCUGGGAGAACUGAUGAAAUUCAAUAUUGAUGCGUUCAAGAGGUUCAACAAGUACAUCAACACAGAUGAGAAGUUCCAGAUAUUUUUAAACCAGAUCAACAGUUCCUUGGUUGACUCAAACAUGCUGGUUCGCUGCAUCACACUGUCCCUGGACCGGUUUGAGAACCAGUCUGAUGCUAAAGUGGCAGAGGUCCUGUCCGAGUGCCGCCUCCUGUCCUACAUGUCCCAGAUGUCCAUGAGAAUGUCCUUCCUUUUCCGUCUCAUCAACAUUAUCCAUGUACAGACACUCACACAGGAAAACGUCAGUUGUUUGAACACAAGUUUAGUUAUCCUAAUGCUGGCCCGAAGGAAAGAAAAGCUCCCCUUUUACCUGCGCACCUUGCAACAGAUGGAAUACACGGAAAAGUACCCUGGAUUCAUCCUGAACAACUUCCACAGCCUCCUGCGAUUCUGGCAGCAGCAUUACCUCAACAAGGAUAAAGACAGCACCUGCUUAGAAAAUAGCUCCUGUAUUAGUUUUACCUACUGGAAAGAGACUGUAUCUAUACUGCUCAGUCCGGACCGGACGUCCCCCUGUGCCAUAGUGAGCUACAUCGACGAGGCGUACAUGGACAUUGACAGAGACUUUGUGGAGGAGUAACCUGGGCUCCAGCUCCCGAUGGACAGCGCUUGGAGGGUCCCUUGCAGCCCGUGGAUUUUCAGGGAUACGCUGUGUAGUGUGUGUGUGUGUGUGUGUGUGUGAGUGUGAGGAGCACUGUCAAACCCGGCCCCUCCCGGUCCCCAGCUCUGAUCUCUGACCGAUGAGACUUUGGGCAGCUCUCUGGGCAACACAUUCAGGGAUGUAUCUUCCAGUUGUUCUGGGAUAAAAAUAACCACCUGCAAAUACCAGCCUCUGUUAUUUUUUUUUCUCUCUCCCGGUCCAGCGGGGUUGGUCAGAGAUGGUUUUGCUGACAGUGAGGAUACUCUGUAUGUGCCAGUUGAGUUGUGGCUCUCUCAUGGCAAGUCAAAAGCACAGCAAUUGCCCUCCAAAUGUGAGGUCCAAGGAGCCAGUCUGACCAGGACCCCAACACCAGCCACGUGCAGAGCCCCCACGGGGACCCCCCUUCAGGUGUAACCCUUCUACUGGGGUUUGGAAUCAGGGGUUUAGGGUUGGGUAGAGCAUGAGUGUAUGUGUGUGUGUGUGUGCUUUUAAUUCCUGAGAGCUCCAGUCACCUCUUCACCAUCUCCUUUUGGAUCAUUUGGUACUAAAUCUGUGCAUUAGGAGAGAACCUCUGCUCCUGCUGUCUUUCCUGCAGAUCCUUUCCACCUGGAGGUGUUUUACAAAGCUGCAGAGAACAGAGACAUUUGAGCAGUGGUGGAAUUGCAACAGGGGUUGGCUUUUUCACGGAGCACUAGCAUUAAAAUGUACUAAUUUUUUAAA